CACACGCCAUCCAAUCAAACACAUCUCCCUAAGUCCAGUAUGCAUUUAUUAAGAAGAUUUAAUAAAUCUUUCCUUUUGCCUUUUCAGAGACGCGUGCACCGGGUAAGCUGCUCGGGCUUCCUUUCUACGAUUCACUUCUCAAAAUCGCCGGGUUAAACUCUACGCCAGAGGUUGCUACUGCCUUUUUUAUAGGGUUUUGUCAAAAAAUUCUGCUCUUCGACCUCUAAUGUCAGCCGCUGCUCAUCAAUCGCCAGAUACCAGCCUUCCAAUAUCCGAGCUCUUCGCUGGUGGAUUGAGCUGAAAUUGAAGGAAUUCAGCCUCACGGUUACUGUUCACUCGAGAUACUCCAGAGAAAAUGUGGUCCAAACACAUUUGCAGUCAGAAUAGCAUUUCAAUUUUCUUAGCAACCAUGCGAUGGCGUCACCCUCAUCCGCCACAUAUUUUAUAUCCUAUCACCUAAGGAGGGGGUCAUAUAAAUAUACUCCAUAUAAGCGAGAAGGAAAUGGCUACUUGGAAUGGUAUUACUCAGCUUUAGUGCUCUUAUGUUAUGAUUUAGGUUCCAUAUAGUUCACUAUAUGACAAAUCUCAGGCAUAAUAGAUGCCUAAGAUUUUAGUUUGGCAUUCCGCAUUCUUCAUGCCCAAUAAUUUUUUACUUAUUUGUUGUUAAUAUAUCUUUAGUAAACUUAGCAUGGCUCCUUACUUCUUGGGUGGAAGUGUUUUAAAUAUUUAGGCCAGGUACCAUUUUGAAGUUCUUUAGUAAUUACACAUAAAGCUACUGUUGGAGAAAUAUACUUUAUAGUUAUGUUACAUAUUCUUCACUAAUUCAUUUUUCUUAAUCACAUUCUAAAUAAACACAGUUAGUUUUUGUAGGCAGCCAAUGCAAAAUGAAAUUGGGGUUGUGCUGGGGUUUCGAGACUAGCAUUGCCAUGUUGGACAGUGUCACAAGUCACAACACUGAGAUGAAUGAUGGAUUUAGAGAAGUUCUAGCACCCUCUCCAUUCUUUUGUAAUUUUUUUAAUUUAGAGAAUUUCAUAAAUUGGGUAUGGAGGGUUAUUCACAGAGGAUCCUUGCUUGGACCCUUUUUUGGACAUAAUUAUAUAUUCUUUAUUUUUAUAUUCAAUAGAACUAUAUUGGAACAGUGAAGGAAUAAGAGAGCAUACAUCUUGCACCAAAAAGUGGACUACUCAUCCAAACAGGAAGAUGCCUUGGUUAAAGAUUUAUUCUAUUUAGACCAUGUUCAUAUAUGUCGUUUUGGCUAAAAAAUUCCAUCACGAGUUUAGAUCAGGUUCAUUAUAUGGUUAACUCAUACUAGGUACAUAAACUUCAUAAAUGUCCCGAAUUUUCCAAUUAAAACCUACUAUAUCUGCCUCUCCUCUUGCAGGCGUGUGACUUUUUAGGAAAGCAUAAGGACAUCACGGGUUAUUGUAGUUGAGUUAUUUCAGGUCAGGUUGCAAGGAUUUGACAUCUCUGAAGUGUUUGGUUGAAGCUGACCAACCAUAUCAAAAGAGCUUAAGACUAAUGCUGCUUCGAUGUCUUAGAUGAGGAAUAUCUUAAUUUGAUCAUCUUUUCUUCUCUUAGUACAUGUGCUAAUUUGUAUGAUGCAAUAAGAACGGAUUGUAUACAUGAAAUUGUCCAUGAGGUUUUUUUUAGCCAUGAAGUCAUUUGAAUUGGUUAUUAUGUAUUGCAAGUUUUGAUGUCCUACAUUUGUAUGUAUUUCAACAUGUGCACUAAAGAUCUCAUAAUCUCACUCAUUUGGAUCCCUCCCAUAUGAUAAAUUAAUUAAUUACAGAGCAUACAUUUACUUGAUGGGAUACUUCUUGGUUCAAAGUUUCAAACGGACCGGAGCAUAAUUAAUCUCGCAGUGAUAAUGAAGGGUGGUCCGGCGGCGGCGGUGCUUGUUAUAUUAAUUUUCCAGGUUUGUUCCGGCGGCAGCGUCGAGGAAUGCCCAAAAUGCCCCUCGGGCUUGAACGGGAGUUUGAAGGAGCGCAUAAUGGGCUUGGCGAAUGAAACAGGGACGGCGGAGUGGAUUACAAGGGUACGGAGGGAAAUUCACAGGAACCCGGAGCUGGCUUUCGAGGAAUUCGCCACCAGCGCGCUCGUCCGGCGGGAGUUGGACAACUUGGGGGUGGAGUACCGGUGGCCGGUGGCGAAGACCGGCGUCGUUGCCUCAAUUGGUUCCGGUUCUCCGCCGUUUGUCGCUCUCCGGGCGGACAUGGAUGCCUUGCCAAUACAGGAAAUGGUGGAUUGGGACCACAAGAGUGAAGUAGAUGGGAAGAUGCAUGCUUGUGGGCACGAUGCCCACACUGCCAUGCUCCUUGGUGCUGCUAAAAUUCUUCAUCAACUUAGACAAGAAUUACAGGGGACCGUUGUGCUUAUAUUUCAACCCGCGGAAGAGCGAGGGAAAGGGGCAAGAGACAUGAUUAAAGAAGGGGUUAUCGACAAUGUAGAGGCCAUAUUUGGGCUCCAUGUGAGCCAUGAUUACCCCGCCGGCGUGGUGGCUUCCCGGCUAGGGGAAUUUCUCGCCGGUUGUGGGAUCUUCCAGGCCACCAUCAAAGGGAAGGGCGGCCAUGCCGCCCUCCCACAAGAAACCAUUGAUCCAAUCUUGGCCGCAUCUGCUUCCGUUAUGAGCCUCCAAACGAUUGUUUCGCGGGAAACCGACCCUUUUGACUCCAAGGUGGUGUCAGUAAGCCAGAUUCAAGGAGGAUCUGCUUUUAAUGUUAUUCCUGACUCGGCCACGAUCACGGGAACUUAUCGAGCAUUCAACAAAGACCACUUCUACUCCUUAAGAAAGCGAAUUGAGGAGAUUGUGAAAGCUCAAGCAACCGUGCACAGGUGCACGGCUGAGGUUGACUUUGACGGUACGGGAAACCCGGACCUGGUGCCGACAUUGCCGCCAACCUUAAACGACAAGAGGAUUUACGAGCACGGGUUGAGGGCGUCGAGGAUGGUCGUGGGAGAAGAGAAUGUGGAGUACGCCAGGAGGGCCAUGGGGAGCGAGGAUUUCGGAAUGUACUUGGACAGGAUCCCGGGCACGUUCUUCGUUCUCGGAACGGGGUCGCCGUCCCGGCCCCACAGCCCUUACUUUAGCAUCGACGAGAGCGUUCUUCCGAUUGGGUCGGCCAUUCACGCCAUGUUCGCUUAUACUUACCUCUUGAACACCACCACCGCCACGCCCGGCGGUUGUAUUGGUUAAUUAAUUUGGUGUGUGGGUUAAGUGAAUCACAUUUGUAUUUACUCCGUAUUAAAUAAAGUGCCCCCACGUUUUUAUUCUCCACUAGUUUUUUUAUUUUUGGCAUGUUUUUUAUUUAAAUUUUAAAUAUAUAAUAUAUACAUUUAAUCUAUGUACUUCCUCCGUUUUUAAGUAUUUGUCUACUUUUGAUUUUUCAAUCAAACUUAGUAAUCUUU